CUCUUCCAGACUCCUCCUCUUUAUGAUAAUGUGACAAGAGCAUCUCCUGCUCCGAGACAAGCCUCCAUUCCGAGUCAACUAUGUGAUCUCCUCCAUCCUUCCAGCCUCCCGCCCACUCACACUCACACUCACUCUCACACUUCCACUCCGCCUUCGCGUCGCGCCAAACUUACUUUCUCUCACUUUAAAGUUGACUUUUUUUUUUUCUUGCGAUAAUUCCACUGACCGGCAUGGCGACGACAACUCCGGCCGCUCCGACGCUGCUCCCCGUGGCUCCGCUCGGUCACCACCCGGCGCAGAGUUCCGCCUCUCCGGCCGCUCACUCGCCGCCACCCGCGGCCACCUCCGCCACUUCCUCCCCGGCUCCUCCGGCGGCGCGCCCGACGCUGCUUCACCAUUUCCGGGCGGACUUCUUACUCCCGAACGGAACCCAGCUCAAGGUCGGCCCCGUGUCCGGUGGCCCCGGCAAGCCCGUUUACGCCACGCCGUCGCCGGUGGAGAGCACUGCACAGAACAACGAGUGCCGGCUGGUGGAGGUGAAGGGCGCCAAGCUGGCGUCGUUCACCGUCAGAGACACGGAGCUCAUCUGCCUGCCGCAGGCCUUCGACGUCUUCCUCAAGCACCUGGUGGGCGGGCUGCACACCGUCUACACCAAGCUCAAGCGGCUGGACAUCACGCCGGUGGUGUGCAACGUGGAGCAGGUCCGAGUGCUCCGGGGACUCGGGGCCAUCCAGCCCGGCGUCAACCGCUGCAAACUCAUCUCCAGGCAGGACUUCGAGACACUUUAUAACGACUGUACCAAUGCCAGUUCCAGACCUGGACGGCCGCCCAAGAGGCUGCAGACUGUGAGCGAUGGUGGCACUCACCACAUGAUGUCCCAUGGCGCUCUCAUGCACGCCGGCAUCAUGCCUGCAGCAGCCAUUAAAGGACAAGGAGAGUCGGUUGGAAUACAGUCAAAGUCAGACAGGCAGGAAGGAAAUGUGUCCAAAAGCUUUUUUUGCCACAGCCCCAUCUGCUGGAGAAUCUUAGAUCUGUCCGCUUUGGCCAAGAAGAUCAAGCUGGAGAUGGGCGGUUACCACGGCAACCAGCAACACCAUGGCGGCCACAACGGAGAGAACGGGGACCACAGUCCCGGCCUGGUUCUGGACCAGUUGCCCUUCAUGAUGAUGUCACAUCCCCUCAUCCCGGCCAGUCUGGCACCCGCCUCCGUUUCCAUGGCGAUGGGCCAGAUGAACCGCCUGAGCACGCUGGCCAGCAUCGCCAACCUGGCGCAGCUCCACGCCAACACCCCCGCCCGGGCCCCCCCCUCCGUCAUUAAGGAGCGCAUGCACGACAGCCCCUCCCCCUGCCCCUCGCUGGAGGAAGCUCACAUGUCGUCCAAUCACAGCAGCAGCGUGUCCAGUUCGCCCUCUCACACAGAACGCCCGACAGAAAACAUACAUCAACUCCAUGAUGGCCUCACACUCAGUCACUGUGUGUUGGCACACUCGGCCAUCAGAGAGUCAGACUGCCUGGAAUACAGCAAGGACAUCAAGAAGGGGCGCGCCGACAAAGAAUCCCACCCGGCUGACAGACAAGUCUACCACAACCCCCCGCAGAGCUGCGAGAAGGCGGCGUAUUCCGCGGGCCAGAAGCUCCCAGCAGGUCUCCACCACGCUCCCUUCAUCUUCCCGGAAGGCUUGUCCUCCAUAGAGAGCCUGCUCACCAACAUCCAGCAGGGCCUGCUGAGGGUUGCCAUAGAGAACGCCCGGGCGCAGGAGAAGCAGGACCACCUGGAGAGGACGGAGCUGAAGAUGGAGCUGGUUCGGGAGCGCGAGCUGCGGGAGACGCUGGAGAGGCAGCUGAGCGUGGAGCAGAAAAGCCGAGUUCUCAUCCAGAAGCGUCUGAAGAAGGAAAAGAGGAGUAAGAGGAGACUUCAGGAGGCCUUGGAGGAGGAAGUGAAGCUCCGAGAUCAGGCGGAGCACGGCCUGCUGCACGCCGCCAACACCUUUGCAGAGUCCGUGGGCCAGGACGUGGACGGGAGCGAGCACGAGGACAACAGGAUGGACGCCAAGGUGCAAGAAGGCCGAGUGUUCCUGCAGGCUGCUGGGAUGUUCUGAAGACUUCUCCUCCUCCUCCUCCUCACACUUUAAUUUAUCACCAACUUUUAUUCUGUGCUUCUUAGUUGUUUCUGUUCUUUGUUUCCCACAUGAGCCGUGUAAGAGAGCUGUGUACAUAUACUUUGCUUUUCUUCUUCUUCUUCACAAAAGGCAUGUUGUGUCGUGCGUACAUGUGUGUGUGUGUGUGUGUGUGUGUGUGUGUGUGUGUGAUGCAGUAGGCAAGUACAUGUGUGUGUGUGUGUGUGAGUGCUGUGUGUGUGAUGCAGUAGGCCAGUUUCAGUUUGACACAAACAAUAC